GAAAAGUGGGAGGUUGAGAAAGAAACUGGGACAUUUUAAAAGCAGCAGGAAAAGCGGGACAGCGGAGGAGUAAUUGCCACAUUUCGACAUUCCAGCAGUCAAUGCAGUCUGCAUCCUAUAAAAUUACAGUAAAUCGCAUGGGAACGUUAGGAUUUUGGACUGCAGUUCCCCAAAUCCUUUAUCCAGCAUGACUAACGCACCCUGUGUUACUGCGAAAUGAUGAAUACCAUUUCCAAAGAGUGUUGCAUUUUCAUUUGAUCCCUUCACCUCCAAACAGGGGAAGAUCAUGGAACUGCUGGGCCUUUGCAAGCAGAUCAACUUACUCCGUUUUGCGAUGGAUCUCAGGAAGCCAAAGAUGCAUCCCAGCCUCUCAGCCAAAGAUCUGUACUUUGAUGGGGUGCCUGUUCGGGUUUACCAGCCUAAAGCACCAUCUGCUACCAGUAGGAAAGGACUGGUUUUCAUCCAUGGAGGAGCUGGAAUGGCUGGAAGCAUUGAUCUGUACCAGGAUAUUUGCAGCAAACUUGCCAAAGAUACGGACUCAGUGGUUGUGUCUGUUAGGUAUCGUCUCGCUCCUGAGUACCUGUCCCCCACACAAUGCAACGACUGCCACACAGCGACUGUGCACUUCAUGCGAAACGCCGAGGCCUAUGGGGUGGAUCCGUCCCAGAUCGUCAUCGGAGGGGACAGUGCCGGGGGGAAUUAUGUCACCGUGACCACCCAAAAAUUGGCAGGGGGAUCAGACCUUCCCAAGCUGCGGGCUCAAGUACUGAUCUAUGCGGGGGUCCAGGCUAUGGACCUCAAUUUGCCUUCCUAUCAGCAGAAUGCCAUGAUGCCGCUCUUGUACCGGGACACUGUUUCUUUCUAUGGUAUGCACUAUUUUAGGAAGGACACUUCUUUGUCGGAGGAGCUGCUGAAAGGGUCUCACGUGCCGGAUGAAAUGAGGCUGAAAUAUGGGAAGUGGAUGAGUCCGGAUAACAUCCCAGAGCGCUUUAAGGCCCGAGGCUACCGACGGAUCCCGCCAGCUCCUUAUAAGCCAGAAGUCUACAAGCAAUUAUAUGAGUUCCUCGAAGUCUCAUUUUCUUCCAUUUUGGCUGAAGACGCUGUCUUCCAACAGCUCCCAGAGGCUUUCAUUGUAACUUGUGAGUAUGAUGUGCUUCGGGAUGACGGCCUGCUCUACAAGAAACGUCUGGAGGACAAUGGAGUGAAGGUCAGCUGGUUCCAUGCCGAAAACGGGUUUCAUGGCAUCCUAAACUUCUUUGACACGGGCUUUUUAUCAUUCCCCGAUGGGGUCGAAAUCCUGGAUCGUGUGGCAGAGUUUAUUAAACACUUGUGAAUGCUUUUGGCUAACAUUUGUCACAAAAAUUUGCUCCGCCAACAGAACGGAUAGACUCCCCUUGCUGUCUUAUAUGCUUGGAAGCUCCCCUAUAGUUGAGCAUUUCUGGCCAGUGCACAACGUUCGUAACCAGUUCAGGACUUACAGAAGUGGAGUUGUGGGUCUUGGUGCUAUUUCACAUGUGCACUGAACAUUAUGUAUCGAGCACGGAGUAUUGUAUGAGAAAGAUUUGGUUGAACAGCAUUGUAAUUCACUAGCUGCAUUGCACAUCUAUGACCUAACUCUAGGAGUGUAAAGCUACACUCCAUCUCCUCAAAGUAACUGCUCCUUGAUGUUCGGUUGUUCUUAUGUGCUUUCAAGUCGUUUUCGACUGAUGGUGAGCCUAAGGUGACCUUAUCAUAGGGUUUUCAUGGCAAGUUUCGCGCUUGCCUUCCCCUGAGGCUGAGAGCGUGUGACUUGCCCAAGGUCACCCAAUGGGUUUCAUGGCCAACUUGGGAAACCAACCUUGGUCUCUGGAGUUGUAGUCCAACACUCAAACCACUAGGCCACACUGGAUCCUAGAUGUUAGAUCUAUAUAGUUCAGGAACAUGAGAGCCAUUCAUUUUUAAUGCUCAUAACUGGGUAUUUGAUUGGGCAAAGGUUUUGGUUAACCAGCCUGUCAGAUAUAGUUAUAUAGACGGGCGCGAUAGGGCGCCCUCGUCACGUGCGAAUGUCAGCGCUUCUAGACGCCCCUUGCCCCUUGCAUGGGACAAGGGCAUCAAAAUGGCGGUGCCCUGUACAGAUGGGUGCCGC